AUGAGAGCUAGCAUCGACAAACAAAAGAAGAAGAGGAAGAAGAAAAAAAAAAAUUUGUUCUCGUUGCAGGAUGGGAGCGAAAAGGACAGCACGAAGGUGGAGAGCACAGAUGAUGCGAAUUCACUCACCGGAAGUGAACCCCCAAGUGGUGGAGAGGAGCGUGUCCCCCUUCAAAUCGCAAAGGGGAGAAACGCCCCCCUAAGGGAGGUAGCGGCGGGGACGACUUCCACAAAGACAACUGCGAAGAAGAAAAAAAACGCAGCGAAAGGAAUCUACCCAAACGUGAAGAGGAAGGACGCACCCUAUGGAGAAAACGAACAGGAAGAGUUCGCGGAGGAUAUCUUUGAAAAUGAAAUUUUUGAUGAGCUACAGUUUGUGGAGGAUGAACACGUGGAAUACAAAAUGUAUGAUUCGUAUUCCAACGCGGGGCUGAAACUGUUGAGUAAGUACUCGGUCGACGAUGGGAAGGGGGAAAGCACCAAAAGGAAGAGAAAGAAAAAAAGGCAGGGAAAGGAGGGGCAGGAAGAAGCGGGGAAUGCGGGGCAAUCGGAACGGCAACCAGAGAGCUACGCCAAGUACAGCUACAACGAUGAGGAACCGCUCGAGGGAAACCACAACGAAUUCGACUCGGACAUUAUCAAAUUUUUAAAUAGAAAUAAAAAGAGCGUUGACUAUGACAAACGGAAUGGGCGUCCGUUUCAGAAGGGAGGCACCUACUCGUACGUCGCCAGUGAUAGUUAUGGUGGGAAGAGGGGGAAACAGAAACAGAUGCACGCUGCUCGGGAAGACAAGGAUAACUAUGAGCAUUACCGGGAGGAGAACGCGGACUAUUACGACCGCGAGGAGGAGGGAGGAGAGGAGGGCGAACAGAGUGAUAGCAGUCAAAGUGGUGACGAUCGAAGUGGUGGCAGCCAAAGCGGUGACGACUAUAACACUAGCGCAGCGCGGUAUACGUACGAACGCGGAGGCGGCGUAGGUGGAAGCGGUAAAUUUAAAAGGGGUGGGUCACUGGGGCAGGAGGGAGAAGAAGAUGAAGAGGAAGACGAGGAGGGAGAAGAAGACGAUGAGGACGAGGAGGAAGAAGCAGACGAGGAGGAAGAAGCAGACGAGGAGGAAGAAGUAGACGAGGAAGAGGAAGACGAUGAGGACGAAGCAGACGAAGAGGACGAAGCAGACGAUGGAAGCGAGAGCGGUCCUGACCCCCUGGAGCGGAAGGACGAAACCAACGCGGAAGACCCAAUCCGCAGACGCCCCCUCGCGAACGAGCUCCAGUACCGAAACGUCUCAGCGGGGCCGCACAUCUACGACAAAAGGGAAGACGGCCAUUUUGAAAAUGAAGAGAACACGUGGAACGUCACAAAAAAGGACCCAACAGAACGCAUAUACGGAGGAGAGAAAAGGCAUGAAAUAGCAUUUGAACACAGCAGGAGGGGGAAGGAAGAAAGCCCAAAAGUAGAGUACCCCGAAAAGAGGCAAAAUAAAAAAUCCAUAAACAUUAACGUAAGCGAAAGUGACUUAAAAAAAAGCAACACGUCCUAUGGGAGGCAAUACCCCACGCAGAGGAGUGCCUGGGGGGGGAAAUCACCCCUGAGGAACGCCUUGAACAUUGGGAACCCCAACCUCAGUAAGGACCAUUACAGAUUUAACCUCCCCGGUGGGGAAGAUAAGCUAAUUAAGUUUAAUAUAGGUGGCCACGCGAUGGGCAACGGCAGGAGCAAGUCGAUUUACAAAGACGAGAGGAUAAACGCAUUCGACCACAUGAUUCAUUCGUCGCACCAGAGUGCCCACGCAGGGGCCGACGACUAUUUUUUAGCAACGGGGGGUGAAGAAGCAGGAGAAGGGGAAGAAGCAGGAGAAGCAGAAGAAGAAGCAGAAGAAGAAGCAGAAGAGGCAGCCGCAUCCGCAGCCGCAUCCUCAACCGCAAACUGCGCAGACGGCCGCUGGGGCCAACCCAGCCGCGAAGAAACGCAGAAGGCGCAGGACCCCCAGGGGGAAGAGAAAAAAAAACACAACAUCAAAAGCUUCCUAGACAAAAUAAAGCACAGGAAAAACAACGAAGAUCUGCUUAAGCGGGAGCAGAGCAAAUACGACCAUGCGGAAAGGAGUGAAAAAAAGGACAAAUUCAAAAUGAAGUUCACGGACAUUUUGCACGCACGGACGCUGGGCAAUUUUUUCCACCGCAACAAAAGCGUCGCCGCGAAGUCUCUGUCUCCCCAGCGGGAGAGGGACGCCAGCGCCGAGCUGUGUGUCAAGUCGAACGGCGUGGAGAAGUUCGGCUGGCUCCACGGGGGCAGGGCUGGCAACCAUCAGAUGAGAGGCGACAACCAUCAGAUUAGAGGCGACGAUCAGCAUAGCCAGCGGGAUGAUCGCUACCCCCAGCAGCAUCGCCAGCGGGAUGACCGCCUCCCCCCACAGCCGUACAUGAUAAAAGACGAGGUGCCACACCACAGCACAAGGGACGCGGUGAAAAUUCUGGACAUCUUUUCGGAUCAAGGGGAAGCCACCAACGACGGUGCUAUCACGCACAGUGGAGGAAGCCCAUAUGACGACAAGGGGAUUCCCAAAAGGGGAAGUAAGAACGCUCAGGAGCUUUCCUACAGAGGGGGCUCCUCUCCCAAAGAAGCGAUUGCUUCCAAAUUUUAUGAUUCCUUUAAAGUGGCCCCCACCACAUGGGAUGGAAAAAAGAGCGACAUGGGGAAGCUACCCGAAAGGGAUAAGAAGAACCCAAAAGAGGAGGACCCCAAAGCGGAGGACUUCAAAACGGAGGACUCCAAAGCGAUCGGCUCAAACGACCCAACUGGUGAAAAACAAAGAAGGAGGUAUCACACAAGCAGGCACGAGUUAGAUGCAGACACGAGCAGAAAGGCGCCCGGGAAGGAGAGUAAUCUACCCAUGGUAUACGAACAGCUGUAUUAUAGAAGCCGCCCCCUGGGGAAUGAAAAUCAAAUGGCACAACUGGAAGGGGAUCUAAAGAAGGGGAGACAAAUUACCCUACAGGGAGGAAACGGGAGGGAUGAGGAGGCAGAUGUCAGAAUGGAACAAACGCUAAGCAGAAAAAUGAUCGAGAACAAUGAGCUGAAGAAACGAAAUGAAAAUAAUGAAGAAGUGUUGGCGACCCCAUUUUAUAUAAAAAGCAAAAUUGAUAAGGUUCUAAAGAAUAGAGAAAUUUUCGAGCGAUCUGCAAGGGCCACCUUUCAGCAGUUCGAUGUGAAAAAUAAGAACUUCCUGCACUUCAGCGAGAUAGAGUCACUGAUCCAGAAGCUCUGCUUCAAUUUGGAGCUCCCCCCCGUGGAUAAGAACAUCCUGUCCAUCGUGUACAAAGACUACGACAGCAGCAAGAACAACCGCAUGAGCUACACGGACUUCCGGCAGAUGUACUGGGACCUGCUGAAGCAGAUUAAGAAGAAAUACUACCCUACGAAAAAUUUAAAAAUAAAAAGGAACUGCAUAAUCAGCAGGAAGAAGCUGGGAGGAUACGAUUACUCAUCGAUUUAUAAUUACCUCAGUUUUAAAAAAAUCCUGGGGUGCGGUGCCUUUGGAGAGGUACACCUGGUGGAAGACAACAUCUGUAAGUUAUAUAAAGUGGUAAAAAUUUUGAAAAAAAAAAAACUAAAAAAUAUAAAGAUUAAUGAAGAAAUUAAUGUCCUCAUAUAUCUAGACCAUCCAAACAUUAUAAAAAUAUUUGACGUCUACGAAAACGUAGACUGCACUUACAUUGUCAUGGAGCUUUGUGAAGGAGGGGAGCUGAUGGAAAAGGUAGUCAAGUCCGCCAUAUUUAAUGAAGAUUAUAUAAAAAAUAUAAUGUUUCAAAUCCUGUGUGCCAUAGCGUACAUGCACAGCAAUAACAUCGCCCAUAAAGACUUAAAACCGGAGAACAUUUUAUUCAAAUCCAAGGGGGAUGACACUUUAAAAAUUAUUGAUUUUGGACUGGCCGAACUGAUUAACCACACGGAGGGAGUUAGCAAAACCGCUGCGGGGACUGUCCUGUACAUGGCCCCGGAAGUUUUUAAAAAAAAUUUCACCAUCAAAUGCGACAUAUGGUCAGCUGGGGUGAUUAUGUUUUUCUUGUUCUCCAAAAAUUUGCCCUUUUGUGGGAACACCUACGACGAGAUCAAGCUCAGCAUAUUCAAGGACGAGCCUGACUACAAGAGCUUGCGGGGCCGCUUGUCCCAGCCCGCGCUCCACAUGCUCAAGCUCAUGCUGGAGAAGGACCACACCCGGCGCCCCAUGGCGGCAGUGCUGCUGCACCACCCCUGGUUCCAGGGCUUCCUCGACCCGGUGCAAAUCAACCCCAGCACGCUCAGCAACAUAAAGGCCUACAUGAAGCAAUCCAACAUCAGGAACAUCAUCGUGAACAUAAUGGCCCACGAGCUGAGCGUAAUAGACAGCCACUUGAAAUACAUCAACGAGCUCUUCUGCAAAAUAGACACCAACCACAACGGCUCGCUCAGCCACGGGGAAAUUUACGCCGUGCUGGCCAAUGCGGGCAUCAAGAAGUGGGACAUCAACCGGAUCGUGCAGGCGCUGGACAUCAACGACCGGGGCAGCGUCACCUACACGGAGUUCAUCGCCGGAUGCUACCGAUGGAAGGACAUCGAAUCGACCUUCCUAAAGGCGGCCUUCAACAAGAUCGACAAGGACGAAGACGGCUACAUCAGCAAAAGCGACAUAGUGACGCUCGUGCAGGACAAGGUCAUCGAGAGUCACGACGUGGACAACUUUUUCGCCUCCGUGUUUCUCGUGAAGAAGGGCUUAUCUUGCGAGCGGCGCGCGAACAGGAUAAACUUCGAAGACUUUAAGGAGUACCUUUUAAGCACGUUUUAG